CCCCGCCAGACUUUUGAACCGGAAGGAAGUGGGAGUCUGACGACUUCCGGCAGUUGGGCUGGGAGGAGCAGUGAGUGCGGGGAAUGGCGACCAAGAAGUUGGCGCGGCAACUUGGAUUAAUUAGAAGAAAGUCAGUUGCACCAACAAAUGGAAAUGUAGGAAGAAGCAAAUCUAAGCAGUUGUUUGACUACUUAAUUGUCAUUGAUUUUGAAUCAACAUGUUGGAAUGAUGAGAAACGCCACCAGAGCCAAGAAAUAAUUGAAUUUCCAGCAGUAUUGCUGAACACAUCAAAUGGAGAGAUUGAAUCUGAGUUCCAUACUUACGUUCAGCCUCAGGAACAUCCAGUUCUUUCUGAAUUUUGCAUGAAACUGACAGGCAUAAAACAGGCUCAAGUUGAUGAAGGAGUCCCUCUGAGGAUUUGCUUAUCUCAGUUCUGUAAAUGGAUUCAGAAGAUUCAGCAACAGAAGAAAAUUAUUUUUGCUGCUGGGAUUUCAGAUCUGUCUCAUUCUGAAGUAAAAUUAUGUGCAUUUGUUACUUGGUCAGACUGGGACUUGGGGGUUUGCCUGGAGUAUGAGUGUAAAAGAAAACAGCUGUUGAAACCUGUGUUCUUAAAUUCUUGGAUUGAUCUCAGAGUAACUUAUAAGAUUUUCUAUAGAAGAAAACCAAAAGGACUAAGUGGUGCCCUGCAGGAAGUGGGAAUAGAAUUCUUGGGACGAGAACAUUCUGGGUUGGAUGAUUCUCGGAAUACUGCCCUUCUUGCUUGGAAAAUGAUCAGGGAUGGUUGCUUAAUGAAAAUUACAAGGUCCUUGAACAAGGUUCCCACUAAGAAGAAUCCUGACAUUUUGGCCAGAAAUUUGAAUACGAAUCAAGUUGAAGAAGCAUCGGUCUGCAACAGUAGCAUUUGGGGUCUGAGCACAUAUGAUAGGGAGCCUAAAAGUACUGUAAAUUCUCAUGAAAAAGUUCAUUUGAGGUCAGCUGGUGUAAAUUCUCCUAUAAAGGGACAACAAAAUCAGUUCCAACUAAAGAGCAAUAUAAAAGUAGGUAUUCACAAUGGCAAAAGCUAUUUAUCUGUUUUUAAUACAAAGCCUUCUACUUCUCUGGAGCAGUUGCCAUCUCCCAGCUUGAAUAUACCUACGCAGAAGCACAUAAAAAAUGAACACCUUGCAUUCAGUUCCAAACCUAAGUCUUCAACAGUCAGUUCAGAAUUGGUACUUGUUCCAACUACCAUUUCAUCUGUUAAUCACGUUUCUGAUAUGGAAAUGAGUUCUGCUCUUGAUUGUUUACCUAUGUUGGCUGAUUGGGAAGAUGUAGCUUUACUGCCAGCAUCUCAGCCUGAGCAAAAUAUAGAUUGUAUGCCUCCCAUUAGUGAUUCAAAUGUAGACACUUCAUUUAAUGCCAUAGAAAGAUUAAUGGUUUUAAAGAAAGGCACAGAAGAAACUGCUCAAAAAUCUGAGACCUCUAAGUCUAUUGUAUAUAAAAGUCCACAUACUACCAUUUAUCAUGUAAAAGAUGCCAAAGAUCAAGGUUCAGUUGCUUCUGACUUUAAAUUACCUGAAUGCAAAUCAAGUAGCUUUAACAGAAUUAAUACCAAGAUGUCUCAUCCUUCAGUGUUGGGGAAAUACCCCCUCCUUUUAGGUGGUACCAAAAGGAAACCUUCCAGUCCCCCAUCUUUCCCACCAGCAAAAAAACAGUCCUUCACUAUUCAUGAAGAAAAGCCUACAUCAUCUGAUGGUUCCCCAGUGAGAAGUUGUUCCCAGAAGGUCCUCCCCUCUAUCUUAGCUUCCACAGUUAACCUACAAGAGCCUUGGAAGAGUGGGAGAAUUACACCUCCUUUAUGCAAGUGUGGUCGAAGAUCUAAGAGACUUGUUGUUUGUAAUAAUGGACCAAACCAUGGAAAAGUCUUCUUUUGUUGCCCUAUUGGGAAAUACCAAGAAAACCGAAAAUGUUGUGGCUACUUCAAGUGGGAACAAACACUUCGAAAGGAGAGAGCCAACAGCAGUGUUCAGUCUCAUUCUCCAAAGGGACUCACUUUUAGUUCUCCAGAAAUAAGCCAUCUUUGUGAUGGAAAUGUAAAUUUUUCUACUAAAAAUUCAUUGAGACUCAGACCUUCAAUGAGGAAUUGAUAAACCUUCCCUACAUCUAAACUAUGUUUUUACUUUAAUGUGACUUUUUUGUGUGAUAAAGAGAAAACAGUGCAUAGGGUUACAGGUUAUGGAGACUUAGCAUAUCUGAGUUCUGUAGAUUACACUGGGGCUAUUAAACACACGUGUACACAUACACGCACGCACACACUGAAAAUAGAGGGAAAAGUCCAUUUCCUUCAUCAUUAUCUAACACUUCUCUUGUAUUCAUCUAUGAAUCCUGAUUGUUCCUUGAAUUUCCAAACAUCAUGAGUAUUCUGAUAAUUGUCUUACACUUUUAUUUUUGUCAUAUAUUAACAUGUGCCAAAUUUAUCAUACUUUUAUGAAGAACCACAAAUUAAAUAUUUUGUAUACUCUAUUAGAAUUACAGUGAGACCUUGAAAUAAAUUUAAAUUGCUUUUAAAUUACUUGAAUAAAAGUAUCACUAAUAAAAAUCCCUAGCCUAUUUCCAGUUAGAUGCUUGCACUUUGAAAGUUAUGAAAUCUUUUGAUAUAUUUUUUUGUUUUUCUAAACACUUUAUUUAUUUUGAGAGUGAGAAAGAGCACAGGAGGGUGGGA